UGCGAGCUGCCAUUACCAUACGUACUCGUGGAUUAAUAUGCAUUUGAAAAUUAUUGAAGUGUUAUAAUAAUCGAUAUUUUUGGGUGCUACUUUUAUUCAAUCAGUCGUGUUAUCACUUAGUAUUUGCAUUAUGGUUAGAGAUAUUAUAUAUUAUAUAUGUGCGUUAAUAACAUAUGAAUAUGUAUAAAUAACUAAAAUAUAUUGGAUGUUUCUCUAAGAAGCUGUUUAAGUAUAGAAUAGAAGAUUAAUAUGUAGGUACCUAAGUGGGUUAUAAAUAAAACAUGCAUGGAAAGUUUCGCCGGUUUCUGGUCCCCCAAGACCACCCCAGAAGACGACGAUUCCGCCCCCUGGAUCUACACGGGGGUGCGCCAGGUGCGAAUCGUGCCGCCCAAGAAGGCCCCGUGCCGCCCCUUCGUAAUCGAGCUGACGCCUAGCGACAUUUUCCAGCAGGACGACCGCUUCAUCGAUGAGGUGAUGGCGAGGCGCUACCACCAAGGGCCCGAAGACCUGCGGGAACUGGUUCGGGCCAAAGCGGAGAAGCACAAAACGUACUUCAGAAGUUUGAUAGAUAGCCCGGAGAGCAGGCCAAUUUCCACCAUUAAUCGACAGAUGGCGGAUCGCAUACCUCAAGUGACCGUAGUCAACAGCGAAUCUUCCACUCCCGAAGGAAGACAAAGACGACAGGGCGUGUACGAGCUACAGGAACACCAAAAAGAGGAAAAUAAUAUGACGUUUAAAAGUGUCAAAGAGUUACGAACCGCGUACAUCGCCAUGCUAGAGAAAACAAGCGAGGAAAAGCUGCUAGCGCCUCCCCAAAGCGACUAUUGCAGCUCGUCCGCGUCGGGUGCCAGUGACGACGAGAAAGAUCGAGUGGCUUGGCGAAAGUCCAGCAAGGUCCAGAGGUGCGGAAGCGCCGACUCGGCCAUGGGUCAAAGCGACGAAGACCAUUUCCCUGAAAUUUUGAAGAAAAAAGUGAUAGCCUCCCAUUCGUGUCCUCAAUUGAGCCCUUACAGCCCCAGGGGUUCCAUCGACCACUCUAACGUGCCCAGCAGGACGAUUCUCGAAGCCCAGUGCGUUCUGUUCCCGGUGGACCACCGCAAGUCUAGCGUGGACUGCGUGAGCGAGGAAACGACUGACUACGAGGCGGACAGUAGACGGCAGAGUUGCUUCACGGACGACGGAGAAGAAUCGACGCGCUAUCGUUACUGGCGGACGCCUUCCGUCGUGGUCAGCGAUUACUCGGACGAUAUCAUGGGCUGUUUGACGUUGGAGGACAUCGAGUACAUGCGGGAGCACCGGAAGGGGGCGGACGCGUCUUCCAGUCCCGAGUCCAGCCCGCACAGUUCGUGCAGCAAUUUGAACUAUUGCGGGUCGACGAUUAGCGGGCUGGAGUCGGAAUACGUGCUCGCGAAACCGUACCGCAAAUCGUCGAAUUGUUCCACGUGCUCGACGCUGAGCGGCGACGAGGAACAGGAGGGAGGAGGCGAAGUGGUGUCGGCGGCGGGGGAUGCUGUCAAGUUACGACCAAAUAAACGAGAGAGUUCAGGCUGGAGAAAAUUGAGGAAUAUCGUUCAAUGGACGCCGUUCUUUCAAACGUACAAAAAACAAAGGUAUCCAUGGGUACAGUUGGCUGGGCAUCAGGGAAAUUUCAAGGCAGGCCCGGACCAAGGGACGAUUCUGAAGAAGCUGUGCGUAAAAGAAGAAAAAUGUUUUCAGGUGUUGAUGAAAGAUGUUUUACGUCCCUACGUUCCGGAAUAUAAAGGACUAGUAGCUAGCGACGAUGGUGAAUCUGAAUAUAUCCAAUUGCAGGAUCUUUUGGGGGACUUCAAGUCGCCUUGCGUCAUGGACUGUAAAAUAGGUGUGAGGACGUACUUGGAGGAGGAGCUUGCCAAAGCGAAAGAAAAACCGAAAUUGAGGAAGGAUAUGUACGAGAAGAUGUGCCAGAUAGAUCAAAAAGCCCCAACUGAAGAAGAGCACAAGCUGAAAGGUGUUACCAAACCGAGGUACAUGGUAUGGAGGGAAACGAUAUCGUCCACUGCUACAUUAGGAUUUCGGAUAGAAGGCAUCAGAAACGCAGACGGUACGAGCAGCAAGGAUUUCAAAACGACCAAAACGAGGGAGCAAAUAAUGGAUGCUUUUAUCAAGUUUACAGAGGGAUUCCCUCAUGCAGUACCGAAGUACAUCCAGCGAUUAAAAGCUAUCAAAGCCACUUUAGAGCAAUCGAAGUUUUUUGAAACGCACGAGGUGAUUGGAAGUUCCUUAUUAUUCGUUCACGAUUCUUACAGUGCCAACGUAUGGCUGAUCGAUUUCGCCAAAACCCUUAAACUGCCAGACGGUGUAAACAUCACCCACAAUUCCAAGUGGAAGGUGGGCAACCACGAAGACGGCUAUCUAAUAGGAAUAAGUAAUUUAAUCAAAAUAUUCAAGGACGUGCUGGAAAAUCAACCUAUUAGCAUAACGCCGCCACUGUCUCUGCAGGAUCCUCCAGCAAUUACGUCAGAAGUGGAGAGGGAACUCAGAAGAGCACAGGAAGAAGACGCCAUCUUGGAAAAUACUUGAAGCACAUAAUAUUUUAAAAAAAGGGGUUAAUCGAGUUGGCCGAGUAAAGAAGAGUGAAAUGACUGUCGGUUACUAUUUAUUUUUAUUUUAACAAACAAGUAGAUUAUUUAAAUUUUAAGUAGUUUAUACAACGCAUACGCUUAUUAUGUACGAUUUCUAUUUAUAUCGAUAUGUUAUACAUGUCGAUAAAUUAAUUUGAUUGGAAAAAAUCGAUUUUCCGAUAGAUAAUUCAGUUCUGUCUUGUCGUAUAGUUUCUGGUUGAGUUUAUUUUGUUAUGUUACAAAAAAACAUUAAAUUGUUUCUGUUCCGAACUUAUGAGAUUUUUUUGUAGCACAAUUUUUGUUGAUAUUUGACUACUACUAAGUAUUAACAAGAUUUUCAAAAGACAAUGAUAAUAAUUACAAAGUCUAUUUUUACAUAUUUUUAAAAUCAGUAUGUAUUUUGUAAUAUAAAUUGUGCAGAAGAA